AUGGGCGUGUACCUGGACAGCUGGCUGCUGGAGCUGGCGCUCGCUUUGUCAGCGCUGUUGCUGGCCGCCUACCUGAGCUUCCAGUGGAGAUACCAGUACUGGAAGAAGAAGGGCGUCCCUUAUCUGGAGCCGAGUUUCCCAUUCGGUAAUCUGGGGCACAGCCUUCUGGGCCAGAAGUUCUUUGGGGAUGUUCUCCGUGAGCUGUACGAGAAGGCUAAAGGAAAACGAUUCAUUGGUCUCUACUCGAUACUCCGUCCUGUGCUUCUCGUACGGGAUCCUGAAAUUGUUCGCCACAUUCUGAUAAAGGACUUCGCUUCGUUCCGUGAGCGGGGGAUCUUCAUGGACGACGAGGAGCCACUCAAUAAACACUUGUUCUGGCUGCCUGCCCAGGAGUGGCACCAUCGCAGGGCCAAACUGACGCCUGCAUUCAGCUCCGGCAAACUGAAAGGCCUGUUCCAGCUGAUCCAGGAAUGCGGCCGAGAGCUGGCUGAAGUAGCGACGGAGAUGGCGAGUCGCGGAGGCCCUGUGGAGGUGCGCGAGGUGGCGUCCCGCUUCACGACUGACGCCAUCGUCUCGGUAGGCUUCGGGCUCUCGUCGGACUCCCAGCGAAACCCCAGCUCCGUGUUCCGCGACUGGAGCAGCAGGGCGUUCGCAACCGGUCUCGUGUCGAGUCUCAGCGUCAGACUGAAUUUCAUGGCUCCACGGCUGGCCAGCAUACUGAGGAUAAAGGGUAGCUUCAAAGAAGCUAGCAUCCCUUUUCGGAAAAUGAUAGCAGACAAUGUAGAAUACAGGGAGAAGAACAACGUGACCAGGAACGAUUUUUUUAAUCUUCUCAUACAAAUUAAAAAUAAAGGAUUCGUUGAUGGAGACAAACCGCAAAUAGGAAAAAAUACGGAACGAAUCGAUUUUUCAUUGGAGGACCUGGCGGCAGAAUGUCUUGGCUUCUUCGCUGGGGGCUUCGAGACUUCGGCGUCCACAAUCAGCUACAGCUUAUACGAACUGGCGCUGAAUGAGGACAUCCAAAGUAAUCUGCAGCUGGAGAUAGACUCUGUGCUGCAGCGACAUGACGGCAAUAUUACGUACGACGGCAUAGCGGAGAUGUCGUAUCUGGACAAAGUGGUGUCUGAGACGCUCAGGAAGUACCCUCCGCUGUCUUUCCUGAACCGCGACUGCGUGGAGCCCUACAGGAUCCCGGACAGCGACGUCGUCGUGGACAGAGGAACGGGAAUCCUCGUCAGCCUCUUCGGCCUCCACUACGAUCCGGAGCACUUCCCUGACCCAGAGCGCUACGACCCCGAGAGGUUCUCAGAAGAGCAGAAGGCCAAGAGGAACCCUUACGUGUACCUGCCAUUCGGGGACGGGCCACACAUCUGCAUUGGUAAGAGACUCGGUUUGCUGCAGACCAAAGUGGGACUUGUGAACAUCCUGUCCAAGUGCAGCGUGCGGCCUACGGAGAAGACGACCAGGCACGUCACCUACAACAGCAGAGGUGUAAUGCUCGCGCCCACAAAGGAAAUCGAACUGAAAUUUGUGAAACGAUGA